AUGAACACAGUUUAUGAUUCAAAAGAAAACGACAAAUCUUCUUCAUAUUCUUCUGACGCAUUUAUACCGUCGGAAAAAGAAGACAACAUAUCUUUCUCCCGUUCGUUGUUGACCUCCCGUCGUUGGCAACGAAAACGAAAGCAAAAAACAAAUACAUCAAAUUUAUCUCUUGUAUCAACAACAUCAUUAAAAAACAAUCUCACAUUACUGAGCGAUUCAUUUUCUUGUGAAAAACAAAAUGAUAAUAAUAAUAAUAACCAUACGACUAAUAACACGACAACAUUGAAAAGUCUUGAUAAUUCUUCAAUUCUUUCCAGUAAAAAAAAAUUAGAAUGGAAACAGAAUGACGGUGGUUUUCAACGAGACAUGCUUGUGAACAAUAGUGACGACGACGACUAUCAACAAGUCAUGCGUUCUUUAUCAUCAUCAGCUGCAUCGACGUCUAAAUCACGUUUAACCAUGGCUGAUAGUCAUGGUAAUACGAAGACUUCUAAUACAAUAAUAAACAAAAAAAAAAGUAUUCGCGUUUUUAUUCGUCGUCGACGACGUACGAUUAAACGAGGAAAACGUCGUUUUCUACACACAUCAUCAUCAAUCAAUUCACAUAAACCAAUGUCAUUAUCAUCGAAUAAUGUUCAAGAAUUAGUUUCAUUAAUAGAAAAAAAAAUAAAUAACAAACAAAAUAAAUUUCGACAUAAGAAAAAUAUUAUUGUUGUUAAUUAUAAACCUGUUUUUGUUAAUACUCAUAAAGAACAAUCAUGUCAAAAUACUAAAUCAACAUCAAACUCAACAUCAAGAACAAAAUCUACUCAUACUGAUGAUGAUUUUGCUUCGACAAAUCAUUAUAGUCGACAACCUAGUAUUACAACAAUAACAUCUGAUUGUUCACCAUUACGUGCUAUGUCAAAUAGUUCACAUUAUCAACGAUCGUUUUCACUUGAUGUACCUGAUGUUGAAGAUCCAUUAAAAUUUAUUGAAAUAAUGUAUCAACAAUUAUUUACUGAAGAUGGUCGUUUACGUAGUGAAACGGAACCACUUGCAUUUGCAAAUUGUGUUCAACAACUAGUAACAAAUUCAAGAAGAAAUUCUGUAUCAUCAGCAUUUACUAAUCGAUCAACAUCAUCAUAUUUAAAACAUGUGAAUCAUAAUACAAAUUAUCAACAACGAAAAUUUUCAUCAUCUUCAAAUCAUCAUCAUCAUCAUAAACAAUCAUCAAAAGCUACAUCAUUGUCUUCAUCACCUCAUAUUAUCCUAAGUGAACAUUAUGAUACAUAUAGUGAAGAAGAAGAAGAAGAAACUCGAACGUUCAUGCGAACAAAUAAUCAACAACAAAUAAUCAAGAAUGAUAAUGAUGUACCCCGAAAUAUUCAUAAUCAUUUUCAAGUUCAUACAUCUCCAAAUUCAUAUCAUCGAAAAGAAUUAUUAACAAAUCAUACAACAACAGCAAGUAAUGGUUUUCAUAUAUCUAUAGAUGAUACAGGUAGUGAUGAUCUUGAUACAUUGUCUGAUGUUGAUGUUAUGCAAUUUAAUAAUAUAACAACACAAUUGUCACCAAGUGGUGAUGAAGAUUUAACAUAUACAGAUUCAAGACUUUUAUCAUCUGGUUAUCAAUCAUUAGAUCGUUCAAGAAAAUCUUUCCAACAACAACAACAACAACACCAAUCAAUAAAAUUAAAAUCUUAUUCAGAAAAUGAUUUCUUUCAUUCAGAAAAUGAAAAUCAUAUACAUUAUUGUACAAAUUGUAUACGUUCACCAAAUGUUAUUGUAAUACCACCUAUUAUAUCAACAUCAUCAUUAUUAACAAAUAUAAUUAAACGAAUACAACAACCAAUUGGAAAGAUAAUAAUGAAAUAUGUUAAUUUUAUUCUUAUUUCAAAAAAUGUUCUACUUUUACCAUUAUUUAUAUUUCUUCUACGUCAACGAUCAAUGCAUAUAGGAAUUUAG